AUGGACCCUGGCUUUAUUGCCAAGCCUCACUCUCGUUUCUCUCCCUCCCACACCAAUCCUCUUUCCGCGUUAUAUCGCGUCGAUCUCUUUCCUACUCCUUCUCACAGUUACUUCCUCCCAAACCAAAUGGACCAAAGCUCAAGGUAUACCACUGGAACUACCUGUAUCCCUUCACUGUUCCCCCCAGGCGUAGACCCAAAUACCGUCGACUUCAGAACUUUCUUUCCUUAUAUUCCAAACGAGGUCAAGCAUAGAAAGCGUACCUCUCGUACACAGCUCAAGGUCCUAGAAGAUAUAUUUCGUAAAGAUACAAAACCAAAUGCUGCCCUGCGUAAAAAGUUAGCAGCAGAACUUGAUAUGCUUCCACGUGCGGUCCAGGUGUGGUUUCAAAACAGGCGUGCAAAGGACAAGGCUCUUCGUAAAAGAGUUCACGACUCGACUCAGCAGGAUUCUCCUUCGGCUCACUCUCCUCAAAAGUCUCAGUCCUCCAGGGACACCUCCCCCAAUGACUCUUCCAAUUCUUCCACCCCCACGGAAAAACCCACGCACCCUGCAGAAGACGAUCAACCACCCUCACCAGAGCCACACCCAGUGGAGCGAUCACCAACAGCUGAAAGUCCUCUUACGAAGUUUUCCUUUUCUCUUCCUGCGCCCCCUACAGAAGCUUGGCACAGUAACCCAGCCACUCCUGCCGAAAUUCCCCCUCAUGUUCGCCAUUUGCCAGCGGACUUGACUUGGCAGGACAAUAAUGACCUUCUGAACACACGUAGAGGGUCGCUGCCAAUCACCAUGUCCACGCCAAGUACAGACGCCAACCAGCCGUCUUCCCACUUCCCAGAUAGACGCAAGUCUAUGGACGUCAGUCUCCUUAGGCUCAUGCAUCAUCCGUUCGCACGCGUUGCAAAGGAGAAGAAUGACGCGAUCUUUCUCAGGCCGCCCAUAUCUCCUGCAGGGUCGGGUCAGUCCAUGGCCCGUCCACCGUCCGGCCUCGGUGGGCCAAGCAUACGUGCAACAAGUUACAGCUCUUCUGCUUCCUACAGCCCUUACACCCGCCCUUCUUUGGCUCAUAGAGCGUCAGAGCCCCAUGUGUUCUCGCCUACUCGCUCCUCCCUUGUACCGGAGAUUCGUCCACCGUUUCCGUCCUCGCACGUGCCACGCCGGCUCUCGGACAACCGCUUUACAAUGAGCUCUAGAGCGCUCCCGUCGCCUAUUCCUGGACCCCUGCCAAAGCCUGAUUUCCAGUUUGGCGCUCCGACUUCUGGGUCCCCUCCACAUGUCUCACCGGAUGCAGAAUCUCCCGGGAACAUGCACGCAUGGGCGUUUCCUCGCAAUGAGGCAGAUCAGGACACGGAGGAUUCGUACAGUUCUACUGGAUUAUCUAGAUUCGGCUCGAUUGCUAGCAUCUGUGGGAGCGACACCAGCGCAACCAGUGCAAUUUAUUCGGACGUCAGCAGUUGUGUUGGCGUCGAUCAUUUUGAUUCUAAUGGCAGGAGAGGGUCUUGUGCAUCCAACCUCGAAACGCGUAUGUCCGGUUUGAACAUGCGGUCCAGCCAGGGAUCGCUCAAUGAGGCUCACUUAAACGCCGCGUCUUCAUUUUCCUACCAACACAGGGAGCACCUGUUAUCACAGGAACCAGGGUACUCUUCCCCUGCUUCCACUGUUUCGCCCGGCGGAAGUCCACACCCUGGAUACAACAAGGACCCUGGCCCUUCGGGUCUGCGAACGAGCGAGGUUUCGUUUGGUUACAAUCCUGUAAAUUAG